CUCCCUCAGCCGCCACGGAGACUACUACUACUGCUGCUGCUGCUGCUGCUGCUGCUGCUGCUGCUGCUGCUGCUGCCGCUACCUGGGGGAGGAGAUGAGGCGUUGCCAUAGCAACCGGAGGCCUGCUCAAAAUGGAGGAUGUUUUGGAAUCCCCUCCUCCUGGACAGAAGGUUGAGAUGGAGGACGUGUCCAUGGAAAAGGAGGACAGCUGGUCGCCUUGCGCAGGAUGGAGCUACGACUCUUAAAACGCUUGCUGAACGCUGCUUUAGAGGGAGGAAAGCACCUUCUUGACAGUGGCAGCACUCAUAGUCCUCCAGUUUCUCCACAACAGAAAUCUGAAUGCCACAGUCACCAUCCUGCUCUCAUUUCUUCUCCAUGGUCCCCAGGCAAACUGAAUGUGGAUGGAUGAACCUACUGGGCCUGGAGGACACAGUCCUUUGGCUGCCACCCGGUGCUUACAAAAUGCGCAUCACCUUCUGCCAGGGUGUACUUGUGGUCGCCAUCGCAGUCAACCUGCUGAUCCUCUACUACAUCUCGAAGCUUCAGCAGCGCCUCUUGCACCGCCACAGGGACCAUGUGAAACCUGGCUCCCGUCAGCCUCUCUACCCUCCCUUGAGGUCAGGCCUGACCAUCCUCAUCCGGGAAUUCGAGGACUUUGAAAAUUACAUCCCUGACGUGGUGCGUUUUUUUCUGAAACAGAAUCCAGAGCUGCCUGUGGUCGUGACGGCUGACCACUUGCCCUACCCCCCCAUGGUUCUCCCUAACACUCCCAAUGUCCAGGUGGUCCUCCUCAAACCUUCCCCUGACCAGCCUGCCCACAUAUUCAGACCUGAGACCUACAUGAGGACAGAAUACGUGGCCCUGGUGCCUGAUGGGGUGAAGGCAGACAUCAUGUCACCCCAAUUGGAGCAAAUGUUGGAGGAAUUUAAGAGCAGCCAAGGUAAGGCUGAGAUGGUAGCUGCUCCCCUGCAUUCACUGGUUCCCCUUCAGUGCCUGAACCUCAAGGUGAGCCUUAAGGAAUGGACGGCUGAGUACAUGGCGGCCCCUCCUGCCUCCAGACUCUGUGCGGCCUUAAAGGGGGAGGCCAUUGUCCUCCUCCGCACCAGGGACUUCUUCAACCUCUCAGCCCCCUUGGCCAGGCCCUUGCUGACCUCCCUCUUCAUCCAGACCUCACUGCGAGGAUGGACAGUCCGUGUCCUUGAUAUUUCCUUCUCACUCCUUCACCAGCCUGUGCUCACGUCCUCCCAUAAUCAGUGGAAAGCCGACAACCUCGGCAAGGCGAAUCGUCUGCAGCUCUUCCGAGACUUCGGCAUCAAGCGGGUGAUCCUGGAGGAUGGAAAGGUGCAGUGGUUUGGGUGCAGCAAGGAGACACCACGGUGCUUUGGCACUAUCCAUGAUGACACCCCAGAAUACCUCUACCUGAACCGCUGGACCCCUCCUUGUUGCCUCAGAGCCUUGAGGGAAACCGCCAAAUAUGUUAUCAAUAUCUUGGAGAUGUCCGGCGUGCGAUACUGGCUGGAAGGGGGAACACUCCUUGGGGCGGCCCGUUACCAAGACAUCAUCCCAUGGGACUAUGAUGUUGACCUCGGCAUCUACUUGGAGGACAUCCCCAACUGUGAGCUGCUCAGGAACGCUGAGUCUGGCUCCAUCGUGGAUGAGAAGGGCUUUGUCUGGGAGAAGGCCAUCGAGGGGGACUUCUACCGAGUCCAGUACAGUGAGCACAAUCACUUGCAUGUCGACUUGUGGCCCUUCUAUCCCAAGAAUGGCUUGAUGACCAAGGACACGUGGAUGGACCACCGACAGGACAUUGAGUUUCCUGAGCAUUUUCUGAAGCCCUUGGUUCCCAUCCCAUUUGCCGGCUUCCUUGCCCUAGCACCCAACGACUACCGGAGCUUCCUGGAACUGAAGUUUGGUGAAGGGGUGAUUGAAAAGCCAGAAUAUCCCAACCCAGCCAUGAAGAGAAUGGAGAAGGGAAGCUGAAAGAAGGCUUGCCAAGGCCCAUGUCUGAGAUGUUCUUCAGCAUUUCAGAGCUCCUUAACACACACAAGCAAUGGGUUAUUGAGGUGUUUACCUGACCAUGGCCAGUCUUUUCAUGGAAUGUGCAAGUCUGAGAGGGUGUUUACAACACUGGGAUCUUGCACAAUCAUUGUGUUCUGAUACCACUUUAAAUGCUGUGUCUGCAUUCUGUGGAAUCCUGGGAUUUGUAGGUUGGUAAGGCACUGGAGCUCUCUGGCACAGAAUUCUAUACACUUCAUGAAAGUACAAAUCCCAGAAUUCCAUGAGAUGGAGCCAUGGCAGUUGAAAUGGUAUCCAAGUACUAUAAAAUUGUAUAGAAGGGUGAGAGAGGAGAAUAAAGGGGAGGGAUGUCCCCUGUUGUUUGUCUGCCUCUUGGUAAGAUAGGUGACUGUUUGAGACUGCAAAGGAAUACCAGGUGCUGUGGGCUAUAUUUCAGAAGAUGGCAAUGGGCUGUAUUUCAGAGGAAGGCAAUGGCAAACCACCUCUGGGUAUUCCUUGCCUAAGAAAACUCUAUGAAAUUAACGGGGUCUCCAUAAUUUGACAGGGGACCUGAAGGCAUAUGCAUGCGCACACAAAUGCCAUUUGUGCCACUAACAUUUCACUUGGCAAGGCUUCUAUAUUUGGCUUUCAUUCUGUUUUUCUUUCCUUUUAAGCAAACGGCCAGUGAUUGGUAUUGUAAAUUCCAAAUCUAACUCAAUUGGGGGUUGUUGGAUUAAGUCAACUUUCCCUAACCUGGUGCCCUCUCACACUCUAGGAGUGUCAGUCCAGCACAUCUAGAGAACAUCCAUUUGGAGAAGGCUGGGUUAGAUGAUAGCUGAGGAACAGUCAGCAAUUUGGAAAGACUUCAAAAUUAUUAUUAUUACCAUUUUGAGAGGGACUGCAGAGGAUAACAAAUGUUGGGCUUGCUGUGCAUAUUAUGGUCCAUUGGGUAGGUGUGCUAAGGGGAUACUUGAAAAAAGGUUCCUUUAUCGGUAUAAUACUAGCCAUGCUAAUUGGAGGGGAAUUCUGGGAGCUGUAGUGAAGAAAAGUAACUUUCUGAGUGGUCUGAAGAGGAGAGCAUGUGUGUAGUCAACGCAUACAAAGGAUUCCAGGCCCCCACAUCACAGUUGCACAGUACCUGUGGCAAGGAUUCCUCCUUGUUUGGGAGCAAAGGUGCCUUGUGACUCUGCAUGACCGCCUUGCCCCAUUCCACCUCUGUGCUAAAUGUCCAGGAGGUUGCUUUGCAGAUGGGGCCACGUUGCUUCACCCUCCCACAAGCGGUUUCCUUAUAGCCACAAAUACAUCAGGCAGGUGCGGCCGUGUCAUUGAAACCAAUCCGUAUUUUAUAGUCCCAUUCAUAGAAACAAAAGCUGUUUUAAAACAAUUAAAUGAAAAAGCUUGUGACAGUCACAUGCACGGUCUCAUGGCCUACACCUCACACUUCAGUUGAGGGAAAGGUUGUUAGCUAAUUCAUCCGGAAAGGAGAACCUUUCUGUGGCUAAGUAGCUAUACUUAAGCUACUUACCUUAAUAUGCAUAGAGUUCUGUAAUAUAGAUAGUGAUCUAGAACUGCAGCCAGUGUGUUGUAGAAAGCAGAAGAGAACUUUAUAUUCAAAGUGACACAUCUGCUUUAGACAACAUAGAGUUCCUCUUCCCUGCAUAUGACUGGCACGGAAAGUGCAAAACUGGGUGUAAGGCUUCUGUGAAAAUAAUGCCAGUAGCCCAAUGCCAACAUGGGCAUAUCUGUUGCUGUGCUGUUUUUGAUAGUUUGAACUUUAUUGUCUCUCUCCCUCUAACUUCCCUAGAGCAAAAUAUUUCUUCUUGGAAGGUUGUUAACACAGGAGCAGCAGGGGAAAGAAAACUGAUUCCUCCUUUAGCUUCGGAGAGAGGGAAGUUAGAUUCUCUGCAGGAAAAGAAUCAAGGUAGCAGAAAAGGAAAUAGCCUUCUCUCCAGUGCAGGAAACAAAUGGGCCUAGAAAGGAAGUGGCUUUUCUCUCUAGCAAGGAUGAAGCCCAGUGAAAAGAACAGUGGGUCUUCUUUUGCUGGGAUAUCUGUACAUAAGAACAAAACUAAAUGCUAAAUGGCCCUCCUUCCAGAGACAGAUGUUUAACCAAUGCCCAGUUCUUUGCUUGUGUUGUAGCCUAUCCUUGCCAGCAGAGGACAGCAACAGCUGUCACUGGACCUAAGGAGAGCAGUCCUGGAUCAUAUUGUUGUUGUGUGCCUUCAAAUCAUUUCUAACUUAUAGCAACCCUAAGGGGAACCUAUCGUGGGGCUUUCUUGGCAAGAUUUGUUCAGAGGUGGUUUUGUCAUUGCCUUCCUCCGAGGCUGAGAGCAUGCGACUUGCCCAAAGUCACCCAGUGGGUUUCGUGGCAAAGCUGGGAAUCAAACAUUGCGUGCCAGAGUUGUAGUCUAAUACUCAAACCACUACACCUCACUGGCUCCUUCGAGUAGUUCCAACUUAGGACACCCUAUCACUGAGUUUUCUUGGCAAGGUUUGUUCAAAGGGGGUUUGCCAUUGCCUCCCUCUGAGGCUGAGAGGAUGUGACUUGCCCAAGGUCAAGUGGGUUUUCCAUAGCCAAAUGGGGAUGCCAACCCUGAUCUCCAGAGUUGUAGUCCAAUGCCCAAACCACUACAUCACACUAGCUCUCACCAUGGACUAUGGGAGCUACAAAUGUCACUGCCUUCCACUUUGAUAGCAGCAUCAGACUCCAAGCUUCGUAUGAAACCUAAUUUCUAACACAAGAACAAACCAGGUUUCGCUUGAUCAGGAAGCCUCAUUCGCGGAGCUGAAGGGGUCAGCUGGGAGGCAGAAAAUGGACAGCUUUCAUCUGACAUUUCCAAUUGACUGCUGGGAAAUGUUGCAUAGGGACUAACAGCUGGGACUCUUCUUUGGAAAUAUGUACAGCACUGUGUUGUUCCAUGGAUCUUGGCGAGAUUUCCGUCUGGUUAAAAUUGAAUAGGGUUGAGCCAAACCGAAAUGAAAUAAAACCCAUUGCAAUCCA